UUUUCCCCUUUUACUGCAAGCCCUCGACGUCCUCCCGCACAGCCAUGGCCUCGAGAAUAUUAUCCCAGGGUGCGCGCGCCCUCGCUCGAACUGCGCCUGUGGUUCGCUCGUUCUCCACGUCGCCCGCUCGUCUCGACGCGGCCGCUGCCGCGCCGCUUCCUGCGCGGAGGCCGAUUGGUGCGCUGAGAGGAGGGCUCUUCGGCUUCUUCCUCGGCAGCACCCUCGCCGGCGGCGCCGUCUAUUACUAUGCGAUCCAGGAGUACAAGGCCUCCAAUGAGCUGCUGACCGAGGACAUUUACGCUCUGCAGAACGCGGUCGACCGGUUGAGUACAUACCUGGCGACGCUGGAGGAAAAGAUGGAGGCGCUGGAGAGAAAGAAGAAAUGAGUUAUGAUUCAGACGAGGGCGGGUUAGGGGAAUUAUGGAAGCUCGGGUGCUGGGCGUGUGUGGUGUACAACGAGGAUUUAAUUGGGAUCGUACAGUACCAAUGUGGUUUUCUUUGUAAAUGGUUAGCUGAUGAACGGAGGCAAGCAUCCAUUGACUAAACGAAGUGAUUUCACAGCAAUCUAGUUCCCAUACCAACUGUGCUUCAUGGUCCUGAACUGGCGGGCAAUUGGUGCAACUCUUACUGUGGGAGCUCCGGGCAUAUUGUGGUGAUCAUGCCUGGGAGCAGAAGAACGUAGUAUUGAGUGCGGAAUAUAGACG